CGGCGCGGAGCGGCUAGCCCAGCCGCCAGUGCCUGCGAGCUCCAGGCUGCUUGGGGAAUUCACUUUGCCGCUUGGACGCUUCUCCAUCCUAGGGCUUCUCCUGGUGGCUCUCCGGUUUCGACGCUCCCCUUUUCCUUUGGACGGAAAACUUCGCUGCUGUUUCUUUUUCCCCUUGGAGGACAGGAUUAAAAGUUCCCAGAACUGGUGCCGCCGGUGCCGCUCGGGCGCUGGAACAGCUCUUGCCCGUGGGGUUCCAGUGCCACCAUGUGCACCAACAUAGUUUACGAGUGGCUGAAAGCGCUGCAGCUCCCGCAGUACGCCGAGUCCUUCGUGGAUAACGGCUACGAUGAUCUGGAGGUGUGCAAGCAGAUCGGGGACCCGGACCUGGACGCCAUCGGGGUGCUGGCGCCCGCGCACCGCCGCCGCAUCCUCGAGGCCGUGCGCCGGCUGCGGGAGCAGGACGCCGCCGCCGCCGGCCUCUACUUCACGCUGGAGCCGCAGCCGCCGCCCGCGCCGCCCGCUGUCGCCGUCCCCACCGGCCGCGGGGGGGAGCCGUGCGGCGGCCCGACCCCGGGCCCCCGCGGGGACCCCCGCGGCCAGACGGCCGCCCCCCGCAGCAGGGAGCUGGUGAGCUACCCCAAACUGAAGCUGAAGAUCAUGAUCAGGGAUAAGCUUGUCCGCGACGGCAUCCACCUGAGCAAGCCCCCGUACUCCCGCAAGGUCCCAAUGGCUGGCAUCCUAGAGUACUUAAUGAAUUGGCCGAAGUCAUCACAGAACCGCUAGAUAUCAUUUUUGAGAACUCGUGGAGGACUCAUGAGGUGCCUGAAGACUGGAAAUGGGCAUAUUUAGAAACUUCUUUCAAAAAGGGAAAUGGAUGAUGACCCUGGAAAUACUCAACAGCUUAACUUUUUGCUUGGAAAAAUUCUGGAAUAACCAACUUAGUACACUGGGUAACUAACUUAUAAUAGCUAGAAACAAGGCAUAUUUCAUACAUGAAGAGGUAUUGGGUUUGGUUUUGAGAUCAGGUCUUGUGCCUGUUUUGGGGAUCCUCCCCUCCAUUCUCUGAAUUCUUGAUGACUAAGGUGUUUGGGUGAUAACUAAUUUUAAGUGUAAUUCAAGACAAAAAGCAGGUUUCUGGCAUUGGCUCAUUAUGUCAUUUCCAUAUGAGCCUUUAACUUGAGAAUUAGGGCCUUUACUUUUGUAUUUUAGCAUACAUCUUUUUUUUUUUUUUUCACUCCAUAUAUGACAGUGUUUUCAUGGGUUGAGAUAUUUUAUAUGAUUCUCUAUAGAAUAGUUUGGUGACAGAACUCUUAUUUUAAGGUGCUUUUCAUAGUUAUUUCGUAUAUAGGUAGGAUCAUAGAGCUGAUGAAUUGAGGAACAUUGGCAAGGGGAAAGAGUUUGUUCUGAUUUCUAGCGUUUAAUUUAGCCUGAAGUGUAGUGUUAAGACCAGGAAUGGUAUCUUGCUCUCACAGACAGCUGAGCAAGAUCAGCUGUGUAACUUGAUCUCUAGUUUUCCUCACUCCUUGGGGACUGUCAUGGCCAUUGCUGUUCUCCAUCCCCCCUCCCCCCACCCCAAUCAGGUUUCUGAUGUCAGGCCCAUGGGGGCAGGGAGGUCGGCGUGGCAGCCAUUAGAAGCCCUGCAUAACACAGCCCAAAAGGAGAGUAGAAUAGAGUGGGGGAAGGACAUCAAGACACAUCUGGAGUCUUUCUAAUUCUUACUGUGCCUGCCUUUGGCUGUGGGUAGUUUUAUUUCCUGCUUAGAAAAUGUAGCCAUGUUGAUGGGACCAAAAAAGUAAUUGAAAGGAAAUUAUCAAAGAAGGUCCAGGUAUUCCACAGGCUGGGGGAUGGGGGCAGGGGAGCACGGCUAGGCAGCUUCAGAGAGCCCAUGUGCCAUUGGUCCUGUUACAGAAUCUUUCCUGCACUACUUGGAAGCACACGCGAUCUGCUAAAGUUUACCUCAGUAUUGCGAAGCUCAAGACUAGGAAGCUCCCAAAGGAGAAGUAUCUUAUGUGCCUUUUCUUCCUGGUGUGUGCUAGUCUCUAGGUGAGCAGUUUAGGUCUCCAAGGUCUUUAAAAAUGUAAGGUUUACCUAGUUUAUCUACUUCUAGAGAUUAAUUUUGAUACCGUAAAAUCUCAUUCUUAAAUGCAAAUACAAGGAAAUGAAGCUUGCAAGCAUGUGUAAAUGGUCCUUUAAACUGUAUGUAGCUUGCAGAUAAGUAAGGAUUAGACUCCAAUCAACUUUUCUUAUUUUUUUUUAAAUUUUUAAAUUUUUUUCAAGUGAACCAGAGUCUUUCAGAUUUCCAGGCUGGAUUUCUCUCUCUCUCUCUUUCUUUCUUUCUUCUUCUU